GCCACACUGUUUACCUGCUUUACUGGCCCCAAGGCCCUUGGUGUGCACCAGCUGCAGAGUCAGCCCUGCACCAGCCCAGUUUCAAGGUCCCAGCACUUCCCAUUGCCCAGGACUUUCUUCCCGGAGAAGCCAGAGUCAGCCAAGGCCACUGACCACAGGAGCCAUGGUCCAUGGCUACAAAGGGGUCAAGUUCCAAAACUGGGCGAGGACCUAUGGCUGUUCCCCAGAGAUGUACUAUCAGCCCACGUCUGUGGAGGAGAUCAGAGAGGUGCUGGCCCUCGCCAGGCAGCAGAACAAGCGGGUGAAGGUGGUGGGCGGAGGCCACUCACCCUCGGACAUCGCCUGCACCGAUGGCUUCAUGAUCCACAUGGGCAAGAUGAACCGAGUCCUCCAGGUGGACAAGGAGAAGAAGCAGGUGACCGUGGAGGCUGGCAUCCUUCUAGCUGAACUACACCCACAGCUGGACAAGCAUGGCCUAGCCCUGUCCAACCUGGGAGCCGUGUCAGAUGUGACCGCAGCGGGUGUCAUCGGGUCCGGAACACACAACACGGGGAUCAAACACGGCAUCCUGGCCACACAGGUGGUGGCGUUGACCCUGCUGACAGCCAGCGGAAACAUUCUGGAGUGCUCGGAGACCAACAAUGCAGAGGUGUUCCAGGCUGCACGAGUUCACCUGGGCUGCCUUGGAGUCAUCCUCACCAUCACCCUCCAGUGUGUGCCCCAGUUCCACUUGCAGGAGACAUCCUUCCCCUCAACCCUGAAAGAGGUCCUUGAGAACCUGGACAGCCAUCUGGAGAAAUCCGAAUAUUUCCGCUUUCUCUGGUUUCCGCACAGCGAGAACGUCAGUGUCAUCUACCAGGACCACACCAACAAGCCCCCCUCAUCUUCCGCCAGCUGGUUCUGGGACUACGCCAUUGGAUUCUAUUUACUGGAGUUCCUGCUCUGGACCAGCACCUUCCUGCCAUGCCUCGUGGGCUGGAUCAAUCGCUUCUUCUUCUGGCUCUUGUUCACCGGCAAGAAGGAGAACAGCAACCUCAGCCACAAGAUCUUUACCUACGAGUGUCGCUUCAAGCAGCAUGUCCAGGACUGGGCGAUCCCCAGGGAGAAGACCAAGGAGGCCCUACUGGAGCUGAAGACCAUGCUGGAGGCCCACCCCAACGUGGUGGCCCACUACCCCGUGGAGGUGCGCUUCACCCGAGGGGACGACAUCCUGCUGAGCCCCUGUUUCCAGAGGGACAGUUGCUACAUGAACAUCAUCAUGUACAGGCCCUACGGCAAGGACGUACCGCGGCUGGACUACUGGCUGGCCUACGAGAACAUCAUGAAGAAGGUGGGGGGCAGGCCGCACUGGGCCAAGGCCCACAACUGCACCCGGAAGGACUUUGAGAAAAUGUAUCCUGCCUUUCCCAAGUUCUGUGCCAUCCGAGAGAAGCUGGACCCCACUGGGAUGUUCCUGAAUGCAUAUCUAGAAAAGGUGUUUUACUGAAGCUGGAGCAGAAAACAAGCCACCCCCACACCUCUUCCCAGACCCACCUCACCUUGAGAAGGUGGAAGACCAGUGUCUAACCUGGUAUGAGGGGGAACAGGCUUUCCUUCUGGCCCCCACAGGGAUGAGGUGGGCCCUAACGCCACCAAAACGUACACUUAAAAAUGCUUAAAAGGAAGGACAUGAGGCAGCACAGCAGUAAUACAACAGGACUCACAUAGGUGAGGUCCUGGGUUUGUGUCCCAGAACCUCACUAGGCACACCUGGCACACCCCCAUGGUAUGAUUCAGGCCAGCUGAGAUGGGGUAGUCCCUGGUAUAAAGACCCCAUUGGGGGUGUCUGCCUCUGUCUUUCUCUUCCUCGCUCAUGGAACAAAUAAAUAAAUACAUUUUGAAA